AGGGGAGGCGGAGGUGAGAGAGGAAGGAUCGACGGCAGGAAGAGAUUGUUAAUCAGUGGGUCUUGCAGACAGACCUGAUUCCGUUGUUCUGCGACCAGAGGAAGGCGAGUAGCAACCAAAAAGACUUUCCAUUCAACAGAUGCUGCGCUGGAUCUAAUCAAAGUUUUAUCUGAUCGCAGUUCACGGUGGAUGCAAGCGCACUGCUGGAACGCGCACGUUUCUAUUGGCUCUCGGCUGCGUCGCUCACAGGAAUGACGAUUUUGCUGCUAUACCCAGCUGAUGCUGAGGCUACGAACGCGGAGCCUCCGAAGAACUGUUGAUGGCACACUGACCCUUCCGUCAUCGACGUUAUGUCUGCGGAUCCAGGUCUUAUCUGCCCCCAGAGCCGGAGUGGGGAGGACAUUUGAUCGUGUCACGACGCGCAGGCCGUGGUUCGUUUUUCUCGCCCCUGUCGCUCCAAAGGAUGUUUCUUCACCUCCCCACAUAAUCGCUUUCCCAGGGAAUGAUGCUCACUGCUUCCUCCACACACAGCCGACACAUCGCAUAUGCAGGUUCCCCCAUGUGGAGUUUUGGAUAAAGGCACAGGAGCAACACAAGGAUAUGGAGUAAAAGGACAUUUAGAAGAACUCCAGUCAGAUAUUUUAAUACAAGAAAACUGACAUUUAGAGGACGUUAAAUAGUGUGUGCCGUGGGAAAAGCAGGGCUGUGAAAAGAGGAGUAAAGAUGGCUUGUUGUCAGAGGCCUGCCAUGUUUCUCCGCGAGUCUGCAGCUGACCCGAUCGGCUGCUGGUCCGAGCAGGAGUGUCCCUAUUAAAGUCUAAGCAGCGUAUUUCACCUGGUGGAGGAGACCCCGCUCUCUGUGAUGUGAUGAAUAAGUUUGAAGUCCUUGGCAUUGUGGGAGAAGGUGCAUAUGGAGUGGUGCUUAAAUGCAGACAUAAGGAAACAAAUGAGCUGGUGGCCAUCAAGAAGUUCAAAGACAGUGAAGAAAAUGAGGAGGUUAAGGAGACGACCCUUCGGGAGCUGAAGAUGCUCCGGACCCUGAAGCAGGACAACAUCGUCGAGCUCAAAGAGGCUUUUCGCAGGAGGGGGAAACUCUACCUCGUCUUUGAAUAUGUUGAGAGGAACAUGCUUGAACUGCUAGAGGAAUUUCCCAAUGGUGCACCGCCGGAAAAAGUUCGCAGCUACAUUUUCCAGCUCAUCAAAGCCAUCAACUGGUGUCACAAAAAUGAAAUUGUUCACAGAGAUAUCAAACCAGAAAAUCUUCUUAUCAGUUCAGAUGAUGUUCUUAAACUAUGUGACUUUGGGUUUGCUCGUAACCUGUCUGAAGGAACAGAUGCCAACUACACCGAGUAUGUGGCCACCAGGUGGUACCGCUCACCUGAGCUGCUGCUGGGGGCUCCCUAUGGAAAGGCUGUGGACAUGUGGUCGGUGGGGUGUAUUCUGGGGGAGCUGAGUGACGGACAGCCUUUGUUUCCAGGGGAAAGCGAGAUUGAUCAGCUCUUCACCAUCCAGAAAGUUCUGGGUCCUCUUCCUGCUGAACAGAUGAAACUCUUUUACAACAACCCGCGAUUUCAUGGAAUCAGGUUUCCCACAGUUACCCAUCCUCAGACUUUGGAGAGACGGUACCAGGGAAUUAUGAGUGGUUUGAUGUUGGAUUUGAUGAAGAGCAUGUUGCUGCUGAACCCUACCGAGCGUUUUCUAACCGAGCAGUGUUUGAACCAUCCUGCUUUCCAGCCUUUCAGGCAGGCGGAGAGAGAAAAAUCUUCUCCCGCUUCUCCAAACCCACCACGCUCGUCCAAGAGAAAAACACACCACCACGGAGAAAAUACAGUCCCUACAAGGAGUCACACCAAGAGCUCAAGUCGUCGAUCAACCAGUAAGGAAUGUUCCAGCCUCCCUCGCCAUGGAGACCUGCAUCACCUCAGCAAUGAGAGUUUUCUGAAUGGUAACAAACCGGCUCCAUCUAGUUUAAGUCCUACACUCCACCCGAAAGUCCAGUACAUGUCCCAGACCCUAAAUCGUUCAGCCUCGUCCAACAAAGAUCUGGCUAACAACAACCUGCCACACCUUCUCAGUCCCAAAGAGGCAAAAAACAAGACAGAGUUUGAUUUCAACUUGGGGCCCUCAACAAAGCUGUCAGAUCAGGGACAUGGGGCAAAGUACACGCACAGCAAACCAAACUCGUCUCGCUCUCAGCAGCAGCAACAGCAGCAGCAACAACAGCAACAGCAGCAGCAACAGCAGGCCAGCCGGCACACCUUUCUGGAAAAUAAAACCAACACAUUACAGUCUGGAGCAGAAAAACAACAUGGCCGCCAUGCCCACAGCAUGGCAGACUCUGCACAUGGAUCCAUGUCGUCCUCUUCUAAAAGUUCAGCUUCUUAUCUAAGCCUGUCCAAGAGUCAUGGGGCUCUUAGCGACGCCAAAUCUGUGGGGAACCUAAGCGAUGGUCGACUUCACCCAGACGACCCAAAUGCAAAUGCAACAGCCGUUGUAGGACCCAGUGCCCGUUUCUUCCCUGCCAGCUGUUUGGACCUCAACGCCCCGUCGGGUCUUCCAGGACCCCCCGGCAGUCCCUCGACUCGACACAGUGACCGAUCAGGACACAGCCCCGCUUCCCGUAGCAGCGUAAAUGUACGUAUGGAGAGCAGCACGUUGGAUUCCUCAUCGAGACACAAGUCCAGACACAAAUCGUUGGCUCCAGAAGACGCUGGUGCUCCAGAGCUCCUAGACCCAGGAGGACCGGCGAUGCCCAACACUCACACCCUGCCUUCCCCCCACGAGUCUUAUCACUACGGCCUUGGCUACACGUCCCCCUUUUCCUCCCAGCAACGGCCUCAGCGCCACUCCAUGUACGUGAGACGGGAACGUCACCGACCACAUGGGUCUGAGGGGGUCAUGGCGGGCCUGCCGCCGCCUGGACAGGUCAUACCGACUCGGGCCAGCAGCCUCCAACUCCUCUCCCCACAGCUGCAACACCGUACCAACCUGACUGGACAUUCAGUGAGCUCGUCGAGAGAGGACUGCACCGACGACAUGACGAGGAGUGAACAGCCCCCUAAAGACAUGAGCCACCCUUGUGCCCCCAUCAAAGACUCUACGAGGGACAACUCCGCUGCUUUUCAUACACAGCGCUCUAAAAAUGAGGUCGGUAUGUAUCAUGACCCUCACGGUGAGGAUGCAGGUUCCUCCAAGGAAAACCGGAUGAUCUUCACUGAGUCCAUGCCUCGGAGAGUCGGCAGCUUCUACAGAGUCCCUUCCCCCAGACCGGAUAACUCCUCUUCUUUCCACGAAGGUGUUGGUCAGGGAAGAGGGCCUGGUGUACCCGUUGUGGCCGGUGAUCCAGGCGGCAUGGCGAACCACUCCAAACGCCAGACGGCUUUUGAUUGGACUGCUGCAGAAGCAAUGGUCAUGAAUCCUCCAGAGCCCACCAAAGAGAAGCAAAAACAAGGCUUCUUCAAAGCCAUUAAAAAGAAAAAGAAGAAGACACAAAUAACGGACGUGGAGGACGGAAGGAAUCCGAGCAUCAAGAAAAGCCUUUUCCCCCUUUUUAGCUCUAAGAAUAGCUUAAAGCACAACUCAGCUGGAAAAAUCCUACCUGUAGUUGCCUCGCCUAUGGUACAGCAUCAGCCUGCGGCACCCUACCCUGCCUCACCAGUUACUGGGAAUGGACAGGAACACCUUUCCCUUCAGAGGAGCUCCAAGUCGUCCUCCCACCACAGCAGCAGACGGAAAAACCGCGAGCGAUCCCGGGACAGAGACCACGACCGGGAACAGAGCAGGGACAGAGAGCGGGAGAGAGAAAACAAGAGGGAGAGAGAGAGGGAGAGGGGGAGGGAAAGAGAGAGAGUCACUGAUUGGCCACCAGAAAAGCCAGUAGACUCCCACUCUCAGAGCCAACCUCUGAAGUCUCUACGUCGACUCCUUCACCUCUCGCCUUCCCCCUCAAACCAAGGGCAGCCUCCUCCUCCACCUCCUCCGGACCUGCGCUUCCAAGCCCCCCUCCCCAACCCGCCUCAGUCCUCCUCCAAAGUCGGCUACCCAGAGGGUCGAGGGCACACGGAGAGCAGGGGCCACUCGGGGAUGAGCAGCUCAGGCCAGGCGAAGAACCGCAAGGCCAGCUACACCUUACCGGGACAGAUCGAAUCCAGCUGGCACGUGUCGGCUUUACAGCGGGUGGAAGGCGCUCAGUUUACUCCAGAACAGCUGGGCAUCAAACCGGGUCAGAACGGACCUACUUUUACCCGAGCAUCCCGCACCAGGAUGCCAAAUCUCAACGAUCUGAAGGAGACAGCCCUGUAACAUCCCCCGACCUCUCUGACCUGUCUCCGUCCUUGGAGUCUGGCCGCAGACAUCAUGGUACGCUGGCAAAAGUUCAAAGAAAUAUAGUUAUCUGUUGAUUCUCGUGUCUCUGAAAUCUACAAAGACCGGAUGCAAACAGGCCAGACAUCAGCAAGGUGGGACUUAACUUAAGACAAGGAGGUCGCAGUAUCUUCUCUGGAUGUCGGCACCACAUCAGCUUAUUCUGCUCACAUCAGAACAAGCAGAUCUUUGCUGUCAAGGAGACGCUGCCUGUGUGGCCUCUCUGCCGCCAUCUUCUGCUUACAGAGCGCUACUGCAACGGUUGAGAAGCCGCUGUCGCAUCGGUGGCCAAUAAACUUAAAGGUUUUUCAAGCACUGAUAUUUGAUAACAAAAAAGAGAGAAAGAUUUAUAUCAAUAUUAUUUAUUAAAUAUUUAUUUGUUUUAAAUUAAAGGAUAUAAGCUAUAAAUGACACAGUAUGUAGGUUAUAUGGGAAUAAUAUAAAAAAAAAUGUAGAAUUAAAUGUGUAAUUGCAAGAGCUUUAGUUUCGACACAGAGAAAUGAAUAGAUAUUUAUGUGUUUAUAAUAAUGUCAACAGGAGUAUUUAAUAAUGGUGAAUGUCUUUUUAUGUUGAAUAUGAUGAUGUUAACAUAUCUUAUGUUAUCCUAUUUUUAUCCGUUUUUAUUUCAUCAAACUGUAAACAAAAGGAAAAAGAAAAACUACUGAAAGUGAAAAAUCUCUGACAUUAGAUGUAGUACAGAUACGACCAUCACCUUCAUGACAUUAGUUGUGAAGUUGUGUGAUAAUUCGGGACAUUUGUAGACAUUGUAGAUCAACCAGAGGGUGACGGCUCAACGUUGUGCGUUAAGUUCACUGGAAAUAAAAAGAUCAAAAGUGCACACACCCUUGGCAGGAAGAAAAUGCCGCGUUUUUGUGGUAUAAAAAUUGACCAUAAUAAGUUGUUUCAAACUAUUUCCACCUUCAAUUUGAUAUUUCUUACAGUUCAAUCAAAAAGCAAACAAUAAAAACCUGCU